UGUUUCGUCCACCUCACGAUUCGCCACCCGCUCGUUGUCUUCCCGUCAUGCUCCUCGAGGUCCUUGCGACUCCCCAAAUCGCCUCCGUUUUGGUUGUCCUCUCCUAACUCCUCCUAAUCCCCUCAGGGCCUUUGAAAACUGCGUGGACCCUCGUUCUCCCCGAAGGGCGUUUCCGGGCACCGUUUGGAAUCUGCUGCCGAGGUCUGUAGAGAAAGAAGGAGGGGCUAAUUUCCACUAGCUUCCCAGAGCCAGGCGCCCAGCUUCCCACCGCCCACGUCCUAAAACGGUCAGCUUAAUGCUUGAAGCGGCGCAGGCGCCGUCCUGAGAUAGCGCGCCCGGGAUCUGCUUGCCUCCUGCGGUGUCUCUAAGGACUCUGACACGGCUUCCUUGGGCCUCGGGUUUACGAGGUGAAAAUCUCAUCAAAAUCAGAAUUUAAUUCUAAUUUUAGAUAAUGGCAACUGGUGAUUUAAAAAGAAGCUUACGAAAUCUAGAACAAGGAAUUCGAUUGCUGGGUUAUCCUAGAGAGGUGGAUUAUUCAGGUUUAGUAAAAGGAGAUCCUGCAGCAUAUUUGCCUAUUAUCAGUCAUUCCCUGACUUCGUAUUCAACUUAUGUAGCAGAAUUUUUGGUUAUCUCCAAUACAGAACUUACAGCAAAGAAUGAUUAUCGAUUCAUUGAUUCUGUCUAUAAGCUUCUUCGAGAUAAAUUUCAUUAUAAACCAAUUUUGACAAAAAAACAGUUUUUCCAGUAUGGCUUUGUAGAAUGGAAGAUUCAGAUUGUUUGUGAUAUUUUGAAUUUAGUGAUGAAAAAACACAAGGAGCUGUGUAACCUGGAUAAGGCUAUAGCACAGAAAAAGAAAAUUCGUCCUAUCAAGUCAGAAGCUUUUAUAAAUUUUGAGAAAACUCUUGUAGAACCUGUUAUUCCUGACUUCACAUUCAGGGGUUUCCCUUCAGAACAGAAAAAGCCAAUUGUGGAACGUCACCCAAACAGUGAAAACUUUUCUCACAUACUCUUUUCUGAAACUGAAGGUAAUGAAAAUUUUGUUGAACCUGGAAGAGAUAUUAUUGAAAUCACCUGUGAAUCACAAGACACAGAACUUAAUGCUAAGAUUGAAGACCUACGGCGUAUGCUUGCUGAAUGUCAAGAAAAACUUAAAAAACAGAUAUUGAUAGAGGAUAAGUUACGUUAUUUGGAAGAACAACUGAAAGGAAAAGUGAUUAUGCAGGAACUGGACUCUGAUAUAAAUUUUGAGAUUGCAGAAAUACGAAAUAUUCUUGCUGAAUGUCAAGAAAAACUUAAAAAACAGAGUUUGAUAGAGGAUAAGUUACGUUAUUUGGAAGAACAGCUGAAAGGAAAAGUGAUUAUAGAUGAAAUGGUCUGGAAUAAUCUUUUAAGUCGUGUCACCCUCCUUGAAACAGAAAUGCUCCUACACUUUAAAAAGUAUGAUGUACCUUCAGAUUCUGCUGAUAUGAAAGAGGACCAUAAGUACAGCAGAAACAGGGAUCUAUCAUCUCCUGGUAUCGAAUAUCCUUAUCACUUGGGAGGAUUCACUCACAACAACUUAUUACUUGAAGGAGGAAAAAAUGACUUGGCUGCUGAAAAAGAGCCUGGUAUUCUUUUGCGUGGUCCAAAGAAAAAUGUCUUUCUUGGCCAGGGAGAUAGAAAAAGGAGAGAAGAGGUGCCAGAGAGCCUUCAUCAGCAAUUGUCUGGAUACAACUUACUAUUAUCCGCAGAUUCCUCUCCCCAACCCAAUACCAUCAAUUAUUUUGGUUUGACAGAAGCUUCAAAGGAGACAACAAUGGAGAAAAUAGAAAGGAUAAAAAAAAUGUUUCAAGAAACUGCUGAUUUAUUGAAGUAUUCAAAUAACUCAUCUUAGAAUUAUCUUCAUGGACUUCUGAGACGCAACACUGAAUGUUUUCUUUAAGUUUUAAAUAUAUGUAUAUACAUAUAUUGACAUAGCACUGAGAAUUCCAUUUGCUGUAUUCAUUAUUGAAAAAGUAAUUAUUCUGAGUUGUAAUUGUACUACUUUAUUGUGUUUGAGCUUUUCGUGAGGAAAAUAUUCCUGUUGUUCCAGUGGAUUUGUUUUGCAGAGUGAAGUCAUUACAGAAGUGUAUUUUUGUGUUGACAUUUGUUGGCAGUGUGCUAAGUAAUAUGUUUUUUAAAGUGCAAGCUUGAGGACCACAGUUUACAUCCUGUUGGAAACUUUCCAGCAGGGACUUGCAUAUUACACCCAAGAGAUUUACAUGCAUACCAUUUUGCCAUCUGUGUAGCCAAAUAAGUUGUAAUGAAAAGUUAAAUAUAUACAUUGAGAAUGAAAAUUUUUUUUGUUUUUAAAAAUAGAAUUUUUUUUCAACUUUGAAAAGUAGUGAUACAUUAGAUUCUUAAUUAUUAACAUUGAAGUGGAGGUCAAUUGUACAUUUGUGUGUAGGUCUGAUGUCUCUGUGUGAAAAAGGUGUUGAGUGUUUUAGUAUCGUAUUCAGCAACACGUUUUAAGACCAGCAGCCCAGAUGGAGACCAUCCAGAGUUACAAAGAUACAUAGCAGGUUUUGGGGUUUUGUUCUUUUUGGGGGGAAGGAGGCGGGGGGAGUACAGUCUCUCAGUGAUCUGAAGUUACAAAUAUCUUUGGAGAUGUGGAUAAUAUUGAGGGAAGGUUUACAUGAAAUUGAAUCAAGAUAAGAAAGGAAAUUUUAAAAUUUCUCAAUUUUAAAAAACUUACAUCACAAAUUUGCCCUGAACAGGUUUCAAGAAAAGAUAAUUCCUUUAUGAAAGGGGAAACAGCUCUUUCCUUUGAUUUUUUUUUUUUUAAUGUAUAUGAUUAAAAAUUUUAAUUUUUAACUUAAAAUGUUUUGUAUGACAAUAAAUCAAAUAAAAUAUUAACUUAAGGCA